UACAAGUUACGUCUAUGGUCUGGUUCUGCCAUUUAGGGGGGCUUUAUUCACCUUAUUUAUGAUGAUUAUAUUUAGAACGCUGUUGAUAGAAAUGGGAUUUAUUUGAAAAUAAAGACUCAACGAUUCUAUAUUAUUUUGAAAUAAAAACUGUUAAAUCUGAUCACAACUUUAGUGAAAAGAGAAGGAAGCAGUCUAUGUAAUAAUAAUAAUAAUAAUAUUGAUGUUUGAUUAAUGUUUUUUUUUUUUUUUUUUACUUUAAAACGUCUUAAUUUUGCCGUCCCGGGCUUCCAUACCUCCACACUCACAAUCCUUCCUAAUCGCUGCUAAUGCAGCCUUCAGUGCGCAUGCGCGAACAGUUUCUCAGCAGGUAAACUCCACCAUGGCGGCGAGAGGCCAUGUGCAGGACCCCAACGACAGGAGGCUCAGACCCAUAUACGAUUAUCUGGAUAAUGGCAACAAUAAAAUGGCCAUCCAGCAGGCAGACAAGCUGCUGAAGAAACACAAGGACCUGCACUGUGCUAAGGUCCUAAAGGCCAUCGGCCUCCAGAGGACAGGGAAGCAGGACGAGGCCUUCGCCUUGGCUCAGGAGGUCACCACCCUGGAACCCACAGACGACAACUCCCUCCAAGCCCUGACCAUCCUGUACAGAGAGAUGCAUCGGCCUGAGCUGGUCACUAAGCUGUACGAGGCGGCCGUGAAGAAGGUUCCUCUCAGCGAAGAGUAUCACUCUCACCUGUUCAUGGCCUACGCCCGCGUGGGAGAGUACAAGAAGAUGCAGCAGGCAGGGAUGGCCUUGUACAAGAUCGUCCCCAAGAAUCCGUACUACUUCUGGUCCGUCAUGAGUCUGGUCAUGCAGGCGAUCUCGGCCCAAGACGAUAAACUGGCCCAGACCAUGUUCCUGCCGCUGGCCGAGCGCAUGGUGGAGAAGAUGGUCAAGGAGGACAAGAUCGAGGCUGAAGCAGAGGUGCAGCUCUACUUCAUGAUCCUGGAGCGUUUGGGGAAAUGUGUGGAGGCUCUGGAGGUGAUCCGGGGGCCGCUGGGAGAGAAGCUGACCAGCGAGCUGCAGAGCCGCGAGAGGAAGUGCAUGAUGCUGUACCGCCGGCUGGAGCGCUGGCCCGAGUGCAACGCGCUCGCACACAAGCUGCUGCUCAAAAACCCUGAUGAUUGGCAGUUCUACCCCGCCUACUUCGACUCGCUCUUCCAGCUGGUGGAUCAGGCGUGGACUCCUCCAGACGAUGGCGAGCACUGUCCGGAGGGCCCGGUCCAUCACUGCGUGGCCGACGUGGUGAGGUUUGUGGAGGAGAGGAUCCGUGGCGAGGAGGGGAAGGAGUCGCGCUCCCUCAGAGGUCCGUUUCUGGCUCGGCUGGAGCUGAUGCAGCGGCUCCGAGAGCGAGGCUGUCCGGAGGAGAGCAUGCUGGGCGAGCCUCUGGACCUGAUGGUGCAGUUCUUCCAGAAGUUCGGGGACAAACCGUGCUGCAUCACCGACCUGAAGAUCUACCUGCACCUGCUGUCGCCCGACCAGCACGUUCAGUUCAUCAACCGUCUGAGUGACGGCGUCCCGCUGGGGGAGCGGGACGGCGAGGCGCCGGCCUUCCCAGAGGACAUCAAAGCUCUGCAGAGACACCUGUGCGUCUGCCAGCUGAGCCGGGCGCUGGGCCUGCACCACGCCCUCGACCUGGACGGGAAGCUGCGACUGAUCGGCGAGCUGAAGGCGCACUACCGCCACGGCCUCAAGUUUGGGAAGAACGCGCUGAAGACGGAGCUGCAGUUCUCUGACAUGUACUGUCUGAUGGCGGCGCACGUUUACAUCGACCUUUGGGCGGAGACGGGCGACCAGAGCAUGGCGUGGCGCUGUCUGGGCCUCCUGCAGGAGGGGCUGUCCCACAGCUCCUCCAACGCGCAGUUCAAGCUCCUCCUCCUGCUCCUCUACUGCCGGCUGGGCGCCUUCGAGCCCGUGGUGGACCUGUACUCCAGCCUGGACGCCAAACACGUGCAGCACGACACCAUCGGGUUCCUGCUGACGCGGUACGCCGAGGCUCUGGGUCAGUUCGCCGCCGCCUCUCAGUCCUGUAACUUCUCGCUCAGGUUUUUCCACUCCAAUCAGAAAGAUACCUCAGAGUACAUCAUCCAGGCGUACAAGUACGGCGCGUUCGAGAAGAUCCCCGAGUUCAUCGCUCUCAGGAACAGGCUGAACCAGUCGCUGCACUUCGCUCAGGUCCGCACCGAGAGGAUGCUGCUGGACCUGCUGCUGGAGGCGGACAUCGUGUUGAGUCUGGAGGAGAGCGUGAAGGCCAUGUCGCUGUCGGCGGAGGAGGACGACGUCCCCUGGGACACCUUAAGGGACAACAGAGACCUCACCGUUUUCACAAACUGGGACCCCAAAGAAAGGCAGCUGAGCGACGACCAGCGGCGCCAGUCUCUGGAGGAGGAGUCGGUGUGGCUGCGGAUACGGUCGCUAACGCUGCGCCUGGUCGCCGCGCUGGCAGCUCUGGGUCACACGGCGUCCCAGCAGAACUCUGAAACCAGCAACGAGAACGGAAUCGGAGACAAGACGGCGGUCCUGUGCGGCCUGCUGGCGCAGCUCAACCAGACCCUGCAGACGGCUGCGCAGCUGGCAGAGAAACGCAUACAGCUCCCGUUCCUCGGCCCCCCCUCCACCCGGCUGGCCGCCGCCCUGUCCAGCGGCAGCUGUCAGUGUCAGGCCGCCGCCCUGCAGCUCUCCGUCCAUCUGCAGGAGCUGGAGACGGCGGGACUCGACGAGUCGAGCGAGCUCCAAACCCAAAUCUGUAACAGCUUUAAAUCGUUAGUCGUUCAGCUUCAGGAAAUACUGAAUAAAUGCAAAGGAGAUUUAUUGGAACUGAAAGGGAGCAAAUUAAAAAGCCAGCCCUCCUUUUUAGAAAACCUCAUCUUCUUCGUAGAGACAGUCAGCUUAGUGUUGUGGGUGAGCAGCUUCUGCGCCAAGAUCCUGCGGCCGCUCAAAAGCAGUUUACAGAAGAAGAAGAAGAAGAAAAAGGAGACGCAGACGGCGCUGCCCCCGGUGCUGUGCGGCUUCCAGGAGCUGACGGCGAGCGUGCAGGACCUGCUCGGCCAGACGCUGGAGCACAUCCGGGCCCAGGAGGUCGCCGUGACGACCGUCAAACUGGCCAGCUUGACCUUGGAAGGAAACUCGCAUGAGGAGGCGUCGUUCACUAAGGCUGCUAUGGAGAAGGUGCAGAGCAGUUACCUGCGCUCGCUGCAGGAGCUGGGAGAGCUGCUGAAGAAGAGAGCGGAAACUAUAAAGACCCUGAAGAUCUGAAGGCCAUCACGCCCCCCACCAACAUGACUGUACCCCCCAGCACCACCUGCUUCUGCCCCUCCUGUCGUCUGCGUCGGUGAACUCCGUCUGUGGAUCGUCUGCAGCUUUUACACAUUUAUGUUCCUACAGAGAAAUAUAUCUAGAUCAGAUUAGACGAAGGGAUCUUAGCUUGAAAUGAUGAUUGUACAUAAAGAUCACGAGGAGAGUUUAGCAGAACGAUCCACUUCCUGUUCUUUUCUGGAGUCGGCGCCGUCACUCUGAGGAGCUCCGCCUCCUCCGCCGGCUGCUUUCCUCUCCUUCCUGUUUCCUGAUGGAUCCGUGGAAUAAAAAUGGCAGAAAGUCUUCGGGCCGCCGCCGCUUCCCCAUCAGGAAGGUUUUUUCUUUUCUGUGAAUCUGGUGUCGCUUCCACUGUGGAUCCCGGCGUGUAGUUGCAGUAUUGUGAAGAGGAGAGCUGAAAUGAUGGAUGUUUUUUAAAGAUUCUCGCAGCUCUUUUGGUUUUUAUAGAAAUGCUUGUAAGGAACUCUAAGGUCAAAUCUGGGCAUCUUUUGACUGGACUGAUUAUUUAAGAAACCAUGUUUGACUAUCUUGAAUGUUCACCAAAACCUGGUGGAGACAAACGCGUCAUUAUGCAACCGAUGGACGGCCGUGAACAACGUUCACAUGCGGGAACGCAGAUGGGCUUCAAUCAUCCGCCUCAGCUCGGCUCUGCCCCUCCCACACCGCCAGACUGACUUUGGAUCCAGCACUGCACAAAAAAACUUUGACAGCUCCAACGUUUUAGAGCAGCUACAGUAGAAAAACAUCCAUCUGCAAACAUCAGACGUCUGCAGCUGCAACAUCCCGCCUGCAAACAUCAGACGUCUGCGGCUGCAACAUCCUGCCUGCAAACAUCAGACGUCUGCAGCUGCAACAUCCUGCCUGCAAACAUCAGACAUCUGCGGCUGCAACAUCCUGCCUGCAAACAUCAGACGUCUGCGGCUGCAACAUCCUGCCUGCAAACAUCAGACGUCUGCGGCUGCAACAUCCUGCCUGCAAACAUCAGACGUCUGCGGCUGCAACAUCCUGCCUGCAAACAUCAGACGUCUGCGGCUGCAACAUCCUGCCUGCAAACAUCAGACGUCUGCGGCUGCAACAUCCUGCCUGCAAACAUCAGACGUCUGCGGCUGCAACAUCCUGCCUGCAAACAUCAGACGUCUGCGGCUGCAACAUCCUGCCUGCAAACAUCAGACGUCUGCGGCUGCAACAUCCUGCCUGCAAACAUCAGACGUCUGCGGCUGCAACAUCCUGCCUGCAAACAUCAGACGUCUGCGGCUGCAACAUCCUGCCUGCAAACAUCAGACGUCUGCGGCUGCAACAUCCUGCCUGCAAACAUCAGACGUCUGCGGCUGCAACAUCCUGCCUGCAAACAUCAGACGUCUGCGGCUGCAACAUCCUGCCUGCAAACAUCAGACGUCUGCGGCUGCAACAUCCUGCCUGCAAACAUCAGACGUCUGCAGCUGCAACAUCCUGCCUGCAAACAUCAGACGUCUGCAGCUGCAACAUCCUGCCUGCAAACAUCAGACGUCUGCAGCUGCAACAUCCUGCCUGCAAACAUCAGACGUCUGCGGCUGCAACAUCCUGCCUGCAAACAUCAGACGUCUGCAGCUGCAACAUCCUGCCUGCAAACAUCAGACGUCUGCAGCUGCAACAUCCUGCCUGCAAACAUCAGACGUCUGCGGCUGCAACAUCCUGCCUGCAAACAUCAGACGUCUGCAGCUGCAACAUCCUGCCUGCAAACAUCAGACGUCUGCGGCUGCAACAUCCUGCCUGCAAACAUCAGACGUCUGCGGCUGCAACAUCCUGCCUGCAAACAUCAGACGUCUGCGGCUGCAACAUCCUGCCUGCAAACAUCAGACGUCUGCAGCUGCAACAUCCCGCCUGCAAACAUCAGACGUCGGCGGCUGCAACAUCCUGCCUCCAAACAUCAGACGUCUCCAAACAUCAGACGUCUGUGAACAUCAGACGUCUGCAGAUGCAGAACAGUUGACUACAGACAUUUGCAGCUGCAGCUUCCUACCAGCAGACAUCACAAACGUCUGCAGCAGCAACAUCCCAGCUGCAAACAGACUUCUGCCGCAUUCUGCCUAAAAGAACAUCAGACGUCUGCAGCUGCAGCAUCUCUCCUGCAAACAUCCGACGUCUGCAGCUACAUAAUACCAACUACAAACAUUGUAGACGUCUGCAGUUGCAGCUUCCUACCAGCAGACAUCGCAAACGUCUGCAGCAGCAAAAUCCCAGCUGCAAACAGACUUCUGCCGCAUUCUGCCUAAAAGAACACCAGACGUCUGCAGCUGCAGCAUAUUGUCUGCAGACAUCAGACGUCUGCAGUACCAGCAUCCAGCCUGCAAACAUCAGACACGUCUGCAUCUGCAGAAUCCCGACUGCACAGACGUCUGCAGCAGCACCAUCCCACUUUGCAAACGUCUACAGCCACAGCAACCCAUUUACAGACGUCUGCAACUGCUUUUUUUUUUAAUUUUUUUUUUUUAUUACCAUUUUAGGAAUUUGGCUUCUUGUGUGGAAAUCUAGUGAUCUAACCCCCCGCCCCGCCCCCGUUAGUGGUGUUCUCUGUCGCUCUCACGCCUGCUAUCAAAUGCCUUGUAUUGUUCCGGAAGCCCGUGGCUUUGCGUGGAUUCAGAUCUGUGAAGGGACUCCUGCGCCGCUGAGGUUCAGAACUCGAGCUGACAAUCUGGACCGUCAUGCCAUCGCCCUCUUUUGUUAGAAAAUGGAAAACAGAAACACUGGAAUGUCAAAGCUUUUUUAAAUAAAAAGGAUAAAUGGGA